AUGAGCCUACUUUGGUUUGUUGCAGUUGCUUGCCGACGAGAAAGUUUACACGGAACGGCGCCUCUAUUCCACGUGUCAACAUGGUUGAGGCAAGCGGCUACGAGCAGGAUGAAAGAGACAGCUUAUCCGGGGUGCAAACGUGUCUCUCCAGGCAAAUCGUCGCUCCGGCUUGCCUCUCUGAACGAAGGAGCCUCGCUCGCCCACUUCGAUAAACGCUGUGAAGACAUCCGCGUCACAGCGACCAAGAAGCAGACCCACUUCAGCCGGCUCCCGAACAUCUGUCUGCUUCGCGAUCUUGCACACAACAACUGCUGUCUACGACCAACAAUCAGGGCACACGUAGGAACUGCUCGGUUUGGGUUUACAAAGACACUGAUAUUCUAG